AGUCUUUAUUUCUCUCUCGAUACUAAAUUAGGUUCUGUCCUUACGUCAGAGUUCAUUGAGAGUGGGCGAGAGCGUCCUCUGUACGUAAUGCCUGGUUCAGAAGGAAUCCGAAUGGGAAGCCAGAGUUACUUCAAAACUCCAGGGCAGAAGCUGUUUUUUUAAACCACAGUUACUGACUAGGAGUCUGACAGUCACCCACAUGCACCAGAACCUAACAGAGUCGGCAAACUUCUAAACGUGGAUGCGGAGCGACUUGAGAAAUUCAAGUAUUUCAAGUACUUAGAAGCCAUUUAAUUUUAUUUUGCAAGAAAUACGUCCACACUUCAGUUUUGCAGAAAGGCUUUUUUUUGCGUUUUACGCAAAACCUUGUGAGGAUUAUAUUGCAGGACUACAUACCAGGAUUAAGUGAAUUUUUCAACAAGAAGAACGCGAAAUCAUUCGGCGUGUGACAUGGAGCGCAGUUGGUUCGAGAUUUGCAUCCCCGUUUUGAUAGUGCUGGGGCUUUCUGCUGCGCCGAAUGAGUCUCGAGAGAAUUUUCGCGGGAAGUCAACACAGUCCUGGGGACUCCAAACGGGACAUGGGAUCUCCAACCUGACAGCGAAUAGUGCAAGACUACCUGGCCACAGAAGAAGACUGAGGGGCCAGAGAAGUCCGGAGACAAAUCCCGUUUUGUUUCGGAUGCCAUCCGAUGCUAACAUGCCUGUUUUACUUCGGGCAGCGCGCCCAGUAUCAGAUUUCGGUGGAGAAGCUAACUCCCGAGAAAGCGGCACUCAUCGUUCCCGGGUAAAUGGACAGGUUGCAGCAGGGACUGGACGCGUAGUUCCCAAUCCGCUAAAUUAUAACCCCGUUACAUUACGGAGAAUCAGUUCGGCCUCACCCAGGACGAGUCGUCCUAUUACAUCCCGGAUUAGCGCGGUGUCGUCCCGGGAGAGAAGUCGGACACACCUCGGGAGAGCAGAGGGUGGUAGGCAUACAUCGGCAUGGACACACAAUGUCGGCUUCUCCGAAAGACGAAGUGCUUUUAUUUCUGACGCUGGCGGUAGUCCGGUUUCAUUACAGGAGAAGAGACCCGCUUCCACCCCAGUUUCACCUGUCCGGACCAGAUAUCUAGCUUCAGAUGCUCCAAGGGCACGGCUGACGGCCGCGGUUUCUCAGUUGAGGAGCAGGCAGAUUGCCAGACAGAACCAAGGGAGACGCACACCGACCAGGAGGUUGAUAGGGCCUAAUGUUUGUGGGAAAAAAUGCUGUCCUGGAUGGACUGUGAGCCGAAGUACAAACCGAUGUAUGAAACCUGUGUGUGACCCACCAUGUCAAAACAGGGGUUCAUGUUCACGACCUCAAGUCUGUGUCUGCCGGUCAGGAUUCCAGGGUUCUAGGUGUGAAGAAAUUGUUCCAGAGCAACCAUACAUUCCCCGUGUUCUCUCAUCAAGACCCUUUCCUUCUCAGUCAUCUGCCUCGUACUCAAAUGCCAUUCAGAAAAUUCACAGCAAUGCAAAAAAUACCACCAAAAGAAUGAAUGAAAUUCCAUCUAAACAUAGGGCUUCAUCAGUUGCUCAAGGCGAGAGACUUCUUCAACAAAAUAAUUAUGGACAGCAUGUUAAUACUCAGCAAUUGACAGGAACAUCACGUAUGGUGAAACACUUAUCAAAUGGAAAUGGACAGCUACUGUCCAAUUCAGUAUUUGACAGAAAUGGACAGGCACAGGUUCAGAACCGUUUUGCUACAAAUGGACAAGUAAUAGCAGAAAAUGAAAAUGCACUACCACGAGGAGCAAAUCUGACAGUUAAUGUAGGAACAAUAAAAAUAAUCUUCACACCGACAAUUUGCAAACGCCAGUGCAGAAAUGGAAAGUGUACCAACAAUUGUAAGAAAGGUGAUCCAACCACCCUUUACAGUGAAAAUGGUUAUGGUCCUGUGUCCAAAUCUGGCUUUCGAAUCUAUUUUUGCCAGAUCCCAUGUUUGAAUGGAGGAUAUUGCAUUGGAAGGGACAAGUGCUGGUGCCCAUCAAACUCAACAGGGAAGUUCUGCCAUCUUCCGAUACCUCGUGAAAAACAGACAGUGGCAAAGACAUCACGUGCAGAUUCUUCUAACACACAGUCUGUUUACACUCUCCCUCUUUCUAAUCAGCCAGUUGUUAUGCACCCAUCCCUGGUUAAUAUACAUGUGAACCACCCACCAGAGGCCACAGUACAAAUUCAUCAAGUGGCAAGAGUGAAGACCCCACCUGACUCUUCAGCUAAGGAAAACAUAAAGAAUUCUCUGGACCAACAUUCAGUCCAUUCAGUACAGCAAAGAUCACAGCCUAAUGCUAGUGGAAAAAACAAUGGGCAGUCACAGCAACAUCGUAGACCUAUGACUGUGGGAAGAUGCUUCCAGGAAACGGUGGAUGGUCAGUGUGGAAAACCACUUCCAGGUCUCACAAGGCAGGAUGAUUGUUGUGGGAGUGUAGGAUUAUCAUGGGGUUACCAUAAGUGUACAAAAUGUCCUCCAAAACCAGUUCAUCCCAAGAUACAAAAUGGCCAAAUUGAGUGUCCCCUUGGUUAUAAAAAAAUGAAUGACACAAAUUGUGAAGACAUUAACGAAUGCCUGAUGUCAGGAAUGUGUCAAAAUGCUAACUGUCUGAAUACCAGAGGUAGCUACAGAUGUACCUGUAAUCCAGGAUAUAUGUUGGAUACUUCCAGGAGCCAUUGCAUCUCGGACAAGGCGGUUUCUGCUGAACUGGGACCCUGUUUCAGAUCAGUGUCCAAUGGGAACUGUUCUCUGCCUCUCUCUCAGCAAAUUGCAAAGCAGAUUUGUUGUUGUAGCCGUGUGGGCAAAGGAUGGGGUAAAAACUGUGAAAAGUGUCCACUUCCUGGCUCAGUCGUUUUCAAUGAAAUCUGCCCAGCGGGUCACGGUUAUCAUUACUCCAGGUCUCAUGUCCAGAUCUUGAUGAGACCUGCUGAAGAAGAGGAAAUAACUCAUGUUUCUCUAGAACAGUAUCUUGACAAUCGGCAGAAUGCUGUCAAGGAUUCCAAGUUAACUUCAAAGGAAGAAAAUUAUGUAAGCUUAGAAAGAUAUGAUACUUCAAUAAAAACACCAAAGCCUUUCGAAUCAUUUCAUGUUCCAAGUGUUGAAGAAUAUCCAGUGGAAGUAGUAGUGAAGACGAGCCCACCUGAACUUGUACAAGUUGUUCUGGAACCUACGGUUGGGCAGGUGGCUUCAGUAUUUGCAACAGAAAUUUCUGUUAUAAACGUAUGUGAAGUUUCACCAAGCAUUUGUGGUCCAGGUCUUUGCAUCAGUCAACAAGGUGGAUACACCUGUAACUGCAACAAAGGUUAUCAACUGGAUGAUCAGCAAAAGAAGUGUGUAGACGUUGAUGAAUGCAGGGAAAUCCCUCAUCUCUGUAGCUACGGCCAAUGUGAAAAUACAGCAGGAAGUUAUCGAUGCAUUUGUUUGACAGGAUUUGUGUUGAACCGACAAGGAACUGACUGUAUAGAUGUAAAUGAAUGUGAUGCAGACCCAUGUGAAGGAAAUGGCCGUUGCAUUAAUAUCGUAGGCACAUACUCUUGUUCCUGCUUUACGGGCUAUACAUUAGUCUUUUCCCAAGACAAGUUAAACUGCCAAGAUAUAAAUGAAUGCGAGCGAAGCAACAUAUGUCAAGGACAUCGGUGCAUCAACAUCCCAGGUUCUUAUAAGUGUGAAUGUGAAGAAGGUUAUGUAUUGACUAGACCAGGACAAUGUAGUGAUAAGAAUGAGUGCUUGAUUUCUGGCAUUUGUGCACAUGGGAAUUGUGUCAACAUGGAAGGGUCUUAUAGAUGCAUUUGUAACCAAGGUUUUGAGCAUGUGAUAGACCAGAAGAGCUGCAGAGAUAUUGAUGAAUGUAUAUUCCAUGAUAUUUGUUUGAAUGGACUUUGUACAAAUACUGAGGGAUCCUAUACUUGCUCAGACUGCAAUCCUGGAUACAGAAUAUCAGAUAACAGACAGGCAUGUGAAGACAUUGAUGAAUGUUUAUCUCAUGAUGCUUGUUUGAAUGGACUUUGCACAAAUACUGAGGGAUCCUAUACUUGCACAAACUGCAGUCCUGGAUACAGAAUAUCAGAAAACAGACAGACAUGUGAAGACAUCGAUGAAUGUAUAUCCCCUGAUGUUUGUUCCAAUGGACUUUGCGUGAAUAUCGAAGGAUCCUACAUAUGUUCAGUCUGCAAUACAGGAUACAGAACAUCAGAAGACAAACGGACAUGUGAAGACAUCAAUGAGUGUUUGAAUAAGGACAUCUGUGGUCCAAAUGGGGAGUGCAUAAACAAUGAAGGGUCCUAUUUCUGCCAGUGUGCCAGUGGUUUUUCCAGUAGUCCUGAUGGUACAAGUUGUCAAGAUAUUAAUGAAUGCUUGACUAAGGAUAUUUGUGGACCCAAUGGAGAAUGUAUAAACAAUGAAGGAGGCUCUUAUUACUGCCUUUGUGCUCAGGGCUAUACCACUACUCCUGAUGGAACAGGCUGUGAAGAUGUGGAUGAAUGCCACGAGGAGACUAAUUGCUCAGGUGGACAAUGCAUAAAUACAGAUGGAUCCUAUAUAUGUAGAUGUCAGACAGGGUUUACACAUUUACCUGAAGCAGAACAAUGUAUUGAUAUUGAUGAGUGUAGUUUAUAUGCUGGCUCUCUAUGUGGCAUCUGGAAAUGUGAGAAUACUAUUGGUUCCUAUCAAUGCAUUAUGGGAUGCCAGCCAGGAUUCCAACGUACAGCUAUUGGGGAAUGCAUUGACAUUGAUGAAUGUGUGAAUGCAACUAUCUGUGGUACUCAUGGGUAUUGUGAAAAUACAGAUGGUUCAUUUCGCUGUCUAUGUGAUCAGGGGUUUGAAGUUCCAGCAGGAGGGCAGGCAUGUGUAGAUAUUAAUGAAUGUGAGAUGAUGAAUGGAGUCUGUGGAAGGGCUCUUUGUGAAAAUGUGGAAGGCUCCUUCUUCUGUAUCUGCAUGGAUGAGAAUGAAGACUUUGAUCCAACAAAAGGUCAAUGUGUCCCUCGUGCAGCAAUGGAAAUUGAACAUGCAGGAGAAACUAUUUCCAUGCCGGAGUCAUCCAUGAUGCUAACGCCUACAAAUAGAGAUUUGAAGGAAUGCUACUACAAUCUGAAUGAUGAAAACUUCUGUGAUAAUUUGCUGGCAAGGAACAUCACAAAAGGAGGAUGUUGUUGCACUGUUGGAGUUGGUUGGGGUGACAACUGUGAAGUUCACCCUUGUCCUUUGACCAAUACAGAGGAAUACAAUGAAAUUUGUCCAGAUGGCAAAGGAUUUAUUCCAUUUCAGAUUGGUUCUUUUUCAUUUGGAUCACAAAACUAUGGUGAUGCAGAUGAAUGUUCAAUGUUUGGCUCAGAGGUCUGUAAGAACGGACACUGUAUAAAUACAGUGGGAAGUUACUCCUGCUAUUGUGGUACAGGCUUUUACUAUGACAAUGUGAGGUUAGAAUGCAUUGACAUUGAUGAGUGUCAGGAUGAAAGUACGUGUGUGAAUGGAGAGUGCGUUAACACACCGGGAUCAUUUAACUGUUUCUGCAACCCACCACUUACACUGGACAUAACACGUAAAAGGUGUAUAAAUGAGUCAGAAUCUGGAGAUGACUUAUCAGAAGAUGGAGAUACACAUCUGGAUAUAUGCUGGCAAGGGGUGACUGAGGACCUGGUUUGUAGAAGACCUCUGUGGACCAGUUCAACCUACACUGAAUGUUGCUGCAUGUAUGGAGAGGCUUGGGGCCUACAAUGUGCCCUCUGCCCCUCAAGAGCAUCGGAUGAUUUUGCACAGCUUUGUAAUGUUCCUAGGAUAUUUGGUGAUGGAACAACAGGCCUCCGUGAUAGAACUGGAUAUGAAUUUGGCCAAGAAGCACCAUCCCGUGUUGAAGGUUCACAACGUGGAAUUGGAUCCUAUGACAAUUAUCUUCAGCCUGAAUUUGGACCAUAUGAUUCUCAAUAUGGAGUAGAAUAUGGAUUGGAAGAUCGUUAUUUUGGAUCAAGAUAUGGACAGAGCAAUCCCCAAACUGACUCAAGAUUUGAACUUAGAGAUCCGCGGCUUUCUUCGCAAUAUGGUCCAACAGACUCCCAACGUGAACCUGAAAGUGGUUCGAGAGGAUAUUCACGUAUUCCACUAUACCGUCCUCAAGAUCCUCUGAGCAUUCCUUUGUUUAGUGACAAUGAUCGUUCCAGUAGCUUUGAAGGCUUACAAGCAGAGGAGUGUGGAAUUCUGAAUGGCUGUGAAAAUGGCCGAUGUGUACGAGUACAGGAAGGAUACACCUGUGAUUGUUUUGAUGGGUUUGAGCUUGAUAUGACAAAAAUGACUUGUGUAGAUAUAAACGAAUGUGAUGAUCUCAGUGAUACCAUACCGCUCUGCAGGAAUGCAAACUGUGAGAACACAGAGGGGUCAUAUAAAUGCAUAUGUUUACCAGGCUAUAUGCUUUCACAGAAUACUAAUGACUGUAUACUGGAAAGAGAAGCAGGACAUCAAUAAGAACCUCAGCACUGUCCCCUGGGAAGGGAAUUGGAAGCACUUGGUGAUUUAUUUUAAGGGGAAAAAUGUUUAUUUUACUUGGGAUUAUCAAUGUGAGUAAAGUUUCAAUGAUAAACCACAAAUGUACCAAUGCAGUUACCUAACUUCUUAAUAAUUUAUGCCUAUGACUUUAAGAAUAAUUAAAUUGGCAAUGACUAUAUUUAGGAAACCAAAGUACAGAGACAACGCAAAGAGCAAGUAGGCUGAGAAUAAGCAAACACAGUACUUUCUUUGAAUAAUGAAAAAGUCUAAAUUCCCAGACAGUCAUAUUUUCCUUAUUUGGUCCAUAUCUCUGUUCUCUGUUUGUGUGGUUUUGUGUUCUUGAUCACAUCUUUUUGGAGGGGGAAAAGGAUAGCAACUAAAAAUAGUGAUGAAGGAAGUGCAAGUGUAAUCGAGGAAUUAACAUUGUAAUUUGAAGGCCCACAUUUCACCUGCUGGCUGAAUAUUACAAUGUGCAUGGUUUCCAUAGCAAUAAUAUGAAAAUAAUCUCUGCUAACCUGAGCAUGUCUUAAUUACUCCUGUGAAAUUUCAUUUGGUUGUACAGUAUAAAAGUAUGUAUGACAUCACUUAUUUAUAAUGUUUGAAUUUUUUUUUAAUUCUAAACCCUAAAUAUUAAUACAAAAUGUCACUAUAUUUCAUUCCUGUUGGUAAAAGCUCUCUUCAAAUAAUAGAUUUCAGUACAAAGACUGUAAUGUUCCUACUGUCAGGUUAAAAAUACAUGUUGAAAAUGUAUUAAAUCAGAUGACAGGCAAGUGGAUUACUGAAAUCCAAGAUAUAAGUGCAUCUUCUAAAUUUAUUAAAAUUUUAAUUCAAUAAAGUGUGAAGGAGUAAACAAGUUCCUUGUGGUCAAUAGAACAUGCUGUGAAUAUUUGGUAUAUGUUAAAGGUUGGAGAGCAGAGGGCUCGAUCCUGUCAUACAGUGCUGAUCAGAAAUUUGCACUUUACCCUCUAUCAACACCCAAACAGAUGGCGUGCAAAGUCUGUAACUUUGGAAGGUUCGGAAUAUCACUUUGUGUGCUUCAGUUUUUUAUUGGUUUCUUGUCCUUUAGAUACUAAAGCUACCUGCAGAGCCCCUCCAAACCCGCACUCCCCCCCAAGCCAAACUUCAUUAGAUAUGUUUGAUACAUGAAGUGACUUAAAAAUUCCCUGCAAUAACCUUGCUUUACAGAAUUUUGUACUGUGGCAAAGGCCAGGGUAAGACAUAGCCCAAACAAUCAUGGUUGGUGCCUAAAAUCAUAUUAUGCUACAGCAAAAAGUAUAAGCUUGAACUUUGUCAAAUUGAGGAUUUAUACCUAUUUGUUGUUGCAAAGGUUAGCUUAAAGGGAUUUAUCUGCCUAUAUCUUUUAAGAAUAAAUACUUAUUUAAGAGUUUUUUUUAAACUCAAAUCUUUUGGAUUGUUUUCGUGAAUAUACCCCUGAAAAUAUAGUAUCCUAUUUGAAAAUACUUCCAUGGCCUCUACUCGGCUCUUUUAAUGCUGAUAAAAUGUAGACACAUAUUAUCCAAUAUCAGCUGGUGCUGUUGUCUUCAGCCCAGUUGAUUAAAUGUACCGUUUGUACUUCAAUGCCUUUUGUUACGUCAGUGUUCUAAGAUUGUAUAGUCAAUUGUUGAUAAAGAAGCAAUCUAACGAAAACAUAGCUAGUAAAUCGUAACCAGAGCAAAGCUGAAAGCUUCACAUAAUCUUUUGAAUCUUUGAGGACAUGCAGUUAAAAGAAAUCUUAAUGUAAUAAGGAACAAGCAGAAAUUUGGAGUGAAACAGGGUGUAUAAUAUUCUGAAUGAUCUGGAAAUGUAUUUUAAUCAGAAUCAGAAUACGGAAUCCUUUACUUUGCAAUUGUUUUGAAAGAAUGCUAUUAGUUUAUAAAUGCACUUUAAUUUUAUUAGUAUUAGUUCACUUUGAAAGAUUACCUCAGCUGCCCUGAAAAUGAAUUAAAUGUACUUUUCUUUCCUUAGUUCUUCUCCCGAAAGUGUUGAUUUUCAUGUUUGGCUGUACCUUCAGGAAUUCCCCACAUGUAAUUACAGUAGUCAUUCUUCAUGUUUUCAAAUGAACACUAGGAUUGGAUAUCCUGAUUUGCCUGAUCAUCCCCUAGUCUGAAAACUUUCAUCAAGUGUGACAAGAAAUGGCAGAGAAACACUGACCAUUUUUCUCUUCCUGACCUAUGAAAGCUCAUGAUAAUUGCAGGGCUCUUCAUUCUGAUAUUGGCUUUUGUGAUAAGAAAGGAGGAUUAAAUCGGGAACAAAUGUGGCUCAGCAGCUAACAUUGUGAUGUCAGAUUAUUCCUUUAAAAUUACAGUAAGAUUCUUAUUUCACUUUGUAAGUUUAUAAAUUAAAUAGUAUAAUAAUUUGAUAAAGUUAACGUGAAUUCACAUCUGUACAUUUUAGGCUGGUAUAACAACUGUCCAAAUCUUGCACAUAGUGUGAAUGUUUUGUUAGUCCUUCCAGUGACCUAACCAAUGCUAAAGCAAUUACAGAUCAGUUAUUGAAAAUCUCAAGUAAAGGAAACAUGUGAGUUUUUUUUCUUUUGUGUGUGUAUUUUGUUUUUUUUUACAUAAUAAGCUCUGGUAUAUCUUGUAAAUCAUACUUGCUACUAAAGAGUCUGUAAAGCUACAACACCUGAUUCCUGUACAUGUUUUGUGGAUACCUUUUUCAUUCUCAAAAAGAAAGGAGCAUAUGUUUUGUACAGAUUUAUAUACAAAAUACAAUGUAUUUAAUGUUUUACACAAGAUAAAGGUUGGUUAUUUAGUAAUAACAUUAAAACUGUUUUCAGUUUGGGUGAUUCUUUUACGAGUUUUUUGGUGAAUUCUGGUAUCUCAUGCCGAAAAUUUUAAGUGUUAAAUGCUUUAUCCAUAUUUCACUUUAUUUUCUGUUGCAAUAUGUAGGUCAUAAAUGUAUUUCCAGUAAUGUACCAUAUAAAGUGCAAAUGCUUUGCCCUGUAGAACAGUUCUAUCAACCGAUAUGCAACACAAUAUGCAGUGAUUCAAGAAUGUAGCUCAUCACCAGUUACCCAAGUGCAAUUGAGCCUUUCCAAUGAAAGCCCAUGUCCUGCAAAAAACAGGAAGAAAGUUGGUUACAGCUGCUUACACCAAAUGUUCAAAAAUAGUAUUGACAGUAUAUCAAAGUAUUCUGAAAUUCUGUUCCAUCAUUUCAGUGGAACCCAGUUUUGGAAGUAGAAUAUAUUACACAGCUUCUGUUUUAUUAAACAUUUAGUGCUAAUCACUAAGGCCAUUUUUUUUUCUCUCAUACUUGAGACUAAAGUGGCAAUUUCACAACAUUGUACAGCUUUUAGAACAGAAAAUCUGUGUGACGAUGUGAUGUGUUGUGCUCUCUUAAGAAUAUAAAAAUUAGAACAAGUGUAGGGCAUAAGAUCUUGGAUGAUUGGACUUUGUCUCAGCUCUACUUUCCUGCCUGUUCUCCCUGAACCCUUGAUAGCCCUAGAAACAAAGUAUCUCUCUCUCUCAUCAAUGUAUUCUGAAUGAGGGAAAAGUAUCACAUGGAGGAAAUUAUCCCUUGAUUAUCCAAGGAAUUUUAAUUAGGUCACUUGGUUUAAUUUUCAAAUUUUCUUUGAGAUUGGUAUUUGCUUGUCAUCUUAAAGGAGCAAGUGCGUCCGACUAAAAGCAGAGUGUCACUUUAAUUGUGCUUUCUUGGUCAGUUUUUUUGUUAUUCUUGAAGCCUGCAUUAUGAUAUUGGUUGGUUUCAGGUUUUUAUAGAUAUGUCAGUUGUCAUUAAAAUUCUAAUCAAAAGCCCAUGUGUCUGUAUUGUUAAAAAAUAAAAACAGUUGCUACAAAGUACUAGUCUUGUUUCCAGGAAUAUUCCAGCUUCAGUGAAGUUUCCCAUCACUUCCUCACAGUUGGAAUCUCAAAACCAAGUAAAAUACUUGAUCUGUAUUGUAUAAAAUUAAUUUGAAAUUAAGUAAAAGUCCCUGGUCUUGAUUUAACUACUGAUAAGCAUUCUUUUUUCAAAAUUCAUUGUAAAAUGAGGCAACCAAAUAUAGGUAAGAAAAUUCACAUUCAGAAUCUGAUUUGCUUGCAUAAAAUCUCAGAUGAUGUGUAUGCUAGGAAAGGUACUAUACGUCAAGUGCUUGGCUGAAUUACAAGGGAGCAUAUGUGAAGAGUUUUACCAAAUCUUCCAUUUAAGAUGGUAUACUGCUUCUACAAGAAACACUGUUCAAAAGCAAUAUCUGAAAAUUGUAGGUUUUUUUAUUUUUAUCUUCUCAUUUGUUCCAGUCACCUUGUUAAAUAUUCCAUUGCCUAGACAAUGAGUUGACGCUGCCUGUCCAUCACUUCACUGUUGACCAGAAAAGUCACCUAUGCCAUCAUGUAUGAAUUUAUCAUUUUCAA